AUGUCUUUUGACAUUGAUUCUUUGCUAGCAAAGACGCCUCCGAGCAAGCCAAAUAUAACUGAAACAGAACAAAAACCAAUACAGAAGACAAAACCAUCCCACACUGCAAGCUAUAAAGAGGAAUCAGCAUUUCGUAAACGACGACGUGACAGAGAUAACGAAAUUGCCCGCGUACAACAAAGAGUAUCAGGCUUUAAUGCUUCUUUAAGUGAAGCAUGGCCUACUCUCUGCCAGCAUUUUGGACAAAAAAUAACCCAAGAUGAAUUAGUUUCAAUUGCAGAAGCUAUUAAGCCAUAUGCCCAGGUUAAACUUGAUCGUGAUGCACGACGACGAAAAUCAGUCAUUCUAAAAUGGUACCAAGACAAUUGGUCUCAAAUUUCGAAAUAUAUAAAAUAUGUCGUACUUGAAGACGAAGGAUCAUCCUCCUCCGCAAAUACAGCAUAA